GAUUUGUUGUCACGGUGUUUUGUAUGUCGCGUGGGAUUCAUCAGUAUCGAUAAAUGAAUCAGUUCUGUAAUAUAAAAAUAUAUUCCUGGUAAUGAAUAUAAAUGGAAGAGACUGCGCAACAAGACCUUGUCUUUCUUGAGCUUAGACAGAAGCUGCAAAGUGGCAUUUUGUUCGUUCGCAGUGACGUUGUCAGGGAUGAUGCAGAUGUGAAGGUCGAGUCCAAACAAGACUCCAUCCUGAGCAUUCAGACCCCUGACGGGACCUAUCAGGUGAACCUCACACCUGGAGUGCGUCUGGUGGAGACAACAUGCCAAAAGAGUCCUGGAAACAAUGAACGCGGAUCCCACUUCAGACUGCGUCUGAAGGUGGAAGAGACGUCAGAAUUUCCUUGCAGUGUGAUUGGACAGCUGCGGGUCAGUGUGACGUACUCCUUCCUGUGCCAAUCUUGUGGGUCUGUGGUGCUUCAAGACAAGACUUUUGGGCGAGUACUUCCUUUGCCCAAUGGAAACUGGAAUGCGUUAGUGGAUGACUGGUGCUGCCACCCCGAUCCCUUCGCGAACAGGAAGCUGCUCCCGCGUGAUGGAGACUGUCUGCUCGGUGACACGUUUCUUCUGUUGGCUCGGGACGGCAGCUGUGAGCAGACCCUCGUACGGGAAGAAAACUCGCUUCAGAAAGCCUCUGCAGAGCAGAAGCGCAGCAGUAAGCUUGUGACCGUGUCCUGCAGGAGCUGCUCUGUGGUGCUGGGAGAGGAAGUCACUGCAGAGGUGCUGAAGUUUUACAUAACUGAAAUAUUAGUGAAGCCACGUGACGAUGGAGAGUGUGAUUUGACACAGCUCAGUUUAGUGUCCAAGCCUAAUUCAGAAAGGCAGCGAUUCUUGGAGCAAACUCUAGCAUCCCGGCUGGUUGAGCUGUCAUCGGCACAGAGUAUAUUUCGCUUUUCCAUCCAAACCCCAGAUGGCAAAGCUGUGAUUUUGCUGUGGCUUCUGAACACGGACGCUCUGGUCGCCUCAUUUCCUGCUAUAGCAGUGAGGGGCGACAGCUUCAUCUCCGCAAAUGACGUUCAUCCCGGAGAGCAUCAGUCAUGUCAGGCUGUUCAAGCAGUCAAAGUGCUGUACAUCCUCUGCUCUGACAGCAAACUCAAAGAUGUUGUGGAUGGCUGGGAGAAGGACAUUAGCGUUCAUCCUCUGCCGCUCCCCCAGAGCUCGUGUGAGGAGCUCCAGCAGCUUCUGAUGUCCAGCACUUCCAGACUGCCUGCAUUCCUGCGCUGCAUGAACUCAUAUCAGGUGGCCUACAUGCGGAUGUGAUGCAUUGAGCUCGGAAACCGCUGGAGCAGUUUAUCAUCACAGCGCAGCAACACGUGAAGUCAGAUAGGCCAUGAAAACCUUUUAAAUGCAAAACAUGGAACAUUUUUUGUAUAAAACUCUUAUUGUGUUAUUUUUUUUUUUUUAUAGUAAACCAAGGUCUGCAUGAUUUGAGAAUGAAGUGUCUUGUAUAUCUUUUUAAUAGAUAUUUUGAUGACAGGUGUUGUCUGGCAAUCUAUACCUGUGUAAAUACCCAUCAUGCUUCAUUACAAGCACAUUAAAUGUCAUUCCAUGCACUUUUAAAACA